AUGAGCAGAUAUUUCCCCAAGUACGCGAGGAACGUCAAGCGGCAGUGGGCGUGGCAGGCGGAAAAUAAGGAAAAGGAGGCGGAAACGGAGGCCAGUUGGUGCCCGGAACCGUUGCAGGAAUCGCCCAUGAGCCAUAUGGUGCGACCCCAGGGCUUCAGUUUGGAGGAACUGCGUCAGACUUUGGGACACUCCGUCAUUCGCGAUCAAUGCUAUUUUAUCUAUGGAACCAACAAUGUUCUGGAGAUUAUUGCAGGAUUCGAUGAACUGGUUGAGCAGGAAGCAAUCGAAUUCGGAGCGGAGCAACUGGCACCGGUUUAUGUGACCGGCAUGAUGGUCUUUUUACUCCACCACGAUGAUAUGGCGGGCACCCAGGUCAAGAGGACUCUCUUCCUGCAGAGGUGCUUCGAUUACCUAGCCUGCACCGAGGAAACCCAUGUCCAUCAAUUAUGCGUGCAUAUCCUGGGACUUCUAGAUGCCAACGAUUCUGGCAUAAUGCUCAACCUAAUCCUGUGCUGCCGAGCGGCCAGUCCGCUGAGCACAAUGGCCCGCGUGGUUGGGAACUGCCUGCUUUGGGCCAUGUUGGAUCGGCUCGCGGAUUUGGGCCUGGACUCGCACCGAUUGCGUGCACCUGGAACACUGAUCCUUGCCGUCGCGGUGGUGAAUCCCCGGACUUAUCUGCAAUCCUAUCUGCAUGCUCUGCAUCUAGUGGUCCGUUUGGUAUCCAGUCUUUUGGUGGUCGGACCCCUGGGUGGCCAUGGCCAGAAACUUUGCCAGGAGACCGGUGUGCCGGAGGAAUUGAUGCAACUAUCCAAGGAGGACUCGGCCAUUUUGGUUCGCUGGCUAAUCGCCAUCGUCGAGGAAAUGCGUCCCAACAUGGUUGAGAGUGGUGAUUUGGGACACCUGGGGGAGCAGCUCGUGCUUCUGGAGGCCAUUUGCGAGCUUAUGCAGCUCCUGCAUGGCCACUUAGUCAAGUGCUACCAGGAAAAUAACGGCCAUAUCUCCAAAUAGCAAAGCAACAUUUGUGGAAAUUAGCAAUAAAAAAGAUUUUCACAGUUUUCCCAAAAUACUAAAAAAAUAAAAAGAAGACAAGAACGUUUCACAACA